AUCUAAGACCUUGGGUCAAAUUAAGUCAAUAUCACUAAGCAUAGGAGUAAAAAAAACAGAAAAAACAAAUUUAUUUAUGGAAGUUAUUUUUCAUUUCUCAUUAUGGAGGCAGCCUAGGGUUUAAAAAAUUCCAUAAUUUAUUGUUGAUUCUCAAAUUACAAUGAAUUCAUCCGAGCAACUCAAUUCUGAAAUAAAACUUGCUGAAUCAAUAACUCAUCAAAUUAGCGACAUUUUUCGAGUUUUUCAACAAACUCAACUUCCUCAACAAUGGAGAAUUCUGCAGAAUUCCAUGAAGAAAAUCCAAUCUUCACUCCAAAUUCGUUUCAAAGAACUCGAAUUAAAAGAACAACACCUCAAUUGGAUUCAGAAAUCUUGCGAACAUCGUCAAAAGCUUCUCGAAUUGAGAGAAAAGCAGUUCAAAUCCACGGAAAAGUACGUCUGUGAUCGAUGUAAAACCCUAGGGUUGAAGGUGAGCGAAACUGGUAAUGUAGUAGUUAAAAUCGAAGCUUCAAAUGAAUUUAGAGAUGAUUACAGUAAACAAGAUGCUUGUAUUAAACUAUUUGUGACAAUGGAUGGAAAAACCCUACAAAUGUUCUUGAAUGACAGGGUUGAUGAUCAUGUUUUAAUGGGUGAAGAGGUUAAGAGUGCGAUUAAGUUAUCGAGUGAUCCUGCAAAACUGGUGUUAGAUGCCAUGGAAGGAUUUUUCCCGCCACAUUUGAUGAAGAGUAAAUUGGAGUAUGAAGGAAAUGUUGUUAGGAGCAGUUGUGUGCUUUUGCUGGAACAGUUGAUGGAACUGAAGCCGGAAAUCAAGAAGGCGGUUAGAGAGGAGGCGAGGGCAUUGGCGGGCGUGUGGAGUGUUAAAAUGAGAGUAGAAAGGCGUUACAUGGUUGUAUUGGGAUUCUUGCUUUUGGUGGUUGUGUAUAGCUUGUGGUCGGAUUUCGACAAGGAUGAACUCAGGAGUCUGUGUGAGAUUGUUGAGCAGCAUAAAGUGGUAGGUGAAGUACGCUCUAGACUCAGUUUUUUGCAAAAGUGCGAAGUGAGCAGCAUGGCACCACAAGUUCAGAAAAAAGAGCCCUAUACUCCACCAGUCAAGAAUGUAUUUGUUUCACCAUCCACGGAUUCUUCCAUUGAGCUUCGCACUUUAUGCAAGGAGAUGGAUGGAAAUGGUUUGAAGUCAUAUCUAAUCAAGCAUGUAAAGGAUCUGAAGUUAUUUGAAGAAAAGGUUUUGGAUUGUCUUCUAUAUGCUUCAGAUCCAGCUAAGCUUGUUUUUAAUGUAGUGCAAGAAUUUUAUUUGGAAUUAGAUGAUAUUCAGGGUGAAACCAACAUCUCAUGUUGCAAAUUUUUACUAGAUCAUCUGAUGAAACUCUCACCACAAAUUAAUUGUCUGCUUAAAGAAGAAGCUCUGAACUUUGCAGCUCGUUGGAAGGCUAGAUUAGCAAUGGAGAGUACCAAGCCUUUCCUUGUUUUUGGCUUUUUGAAGUUCAUAGCUGCCUACAAGUUAUCAAGCUCCUUUCAAGCAGACGAAAUUCUUUCACUCUUCACAAUAUUGUAUGAUAGGGAUGAUAUCUUUGAAUCUCAACAAAAUCGUAGCUUAUGUCGUGCUCUGGGUUUGGAAGCAAAGAUUCCAGAUCUUAUUCGGUCUCUUAUCAAGGAGAAUAAGCGGCUUGAGGCUGUUCGUUGUAUAUGUGCAUUUAAUCUGGCUGAUAAGUUUCCACCAGCACCUUUACUGAAAGCAUACUUGGAGUAUACCAAGACAACUGCGUUGAAGACAUGCGAAAACUUCAACUGUCCGAUUAAGUCGCAGAACAAGUGUGCAAAUAGACAAAUACAUGCUUUACAAAGCGUAAUCAGAUGCAUUCUUGAUUUUAAAUUAGAUUAUGAAUACUCACCUAUUGAACUUCAGCAACAGAUUCGGCAGCUAGAACAAGAAAAGGAAGCAAGAAACUCCUCAAAGCCCAAAAAAGAGAAGGGAAAGAAGAAAAAGUUUGCUCCUACAACUCCUGGCUGUCAGUCAGAUCCCAUAGGCAUGAGGAAACGGGCAUUUUACGCCACAACUAACAAAACUCAGUUGCUACAAGGAUACAGUCAAGAAAAGCGUCCUCAUACAGACACUGCUCAAAAUGCUGUUUUCCCUAAUGUUUCCGUUGCUAUAGACUCCAACAUAAACUCCUUGGAUCCACCUUCCCCAGAUUUUCCACCAUAUGGUUUCGAUGACACCAGCUAUAGGCUGGCUCAUAACUUAUCCUCUGAUCAGUUUGGAGCUUUUAGAAUGCCUUUCAGCAGUAUUAGCCCUGCUGUAAAUCCUACAAGCUUACACACUAAUUUCCUUAGCAGUUUCCCUCAUACGCCACGUUUCAGUACGCCGUCUUCUGCUGGGUACAGUUCAAAGUAUAACCAACCUCCAUAAAAUUAUCACCUCAAUCUGUUUAUUUUAGGAGAAGUAGCUGAAUAUAUUGUCUUGUCAGAGUAGUUUGAUAGUUUUUGCAUAAGCCCUUCUUUUGGAAUUUUUUCCUUGGAUAAUGCAAAAUUGGGUUUUA